GCGUACUUCUCAACCUCUCCGCUUCCUUCCCCGCCUCGCCACCUUCCCACGAUCUCGCGAGACUUGGCCCAGAACAUUGCGGAUCGGGCCGGCGCCAUUUUGGGACCGAGACUGGCGGUGGGGGAGGGAAAAGCGGCAAAAGGGGAUUAUUCAAAGUACCGAAAACCUCCUCCCGGGAUCGAGCGCAGCGGCACCCCCAGGCCAGGGGCACCUCUGGUGGGGCAGAAGGUGAUUGAAUUAUGCAGAUAUGAAGAUCAUCUUCUAGGUUUUUUUAAAAAGGCCUCGGAUAUUUCAAGUGGCCAUUUUGGAAUUACAGUUCUGUUUUUGUUUUGCCCCAGAAGUUUAUUAAAAUUGACAAGAAUCAUCUCUGAAGUGAAUUGAAAGUAGUAAGCCAAUUCAACGAGCUGCUAAAAGACCCAGUCAUUUCUUCAGUAUUUUGGUUCAAACGGAUUAUAUAAGUGGUUAAAGUAUUUCGUCUGAUGUUAUUUUCGUCUCUUCCCCCUCUCCUGUUGGUGUUCUUCAGCCAAAACUGUAAGAUAUGUUUGAUUUGUGUACUGAGUAGUUUCAAAUUACUGUUUAAAUAUUGCUGAAGUUUCGUGGCAGUUCUUUUUACCUUUAUUGAAAGUUUUAGUAAUUUUUGACUUCAGCUCUUUUCAUAUUACGAUGGGACAGCUUUUCUAAAUGAAGACAUUGAAAGAAUACAGAGUUUUUUCCCUUUCCCCUUUUCUUUACUUGGGAGAGUAAGAUGUUGCGGUGUCACACCAGCAUGGUAGGAUCGAGAUAGCUAUUUGUCUCUGUAUAUGCUGAUGUGUAGAAGUAAGCUUCAGAUGUGAAGUUUUCUUUUUGUUUCUGCUUUUUGCACAUAAAUUGGAUAUUUCAUCUGGAGUGGAUAAGUACAACAGUGACAAAUACAUGGAAUAAUAAAGAAGACCUUGCUCUUGAAUCCAAGGAACUUGGCUAAUUCUGGAUAUAGCCGUAUGAAAACUUCAAAACAAAUAUGGGUAGCUGACUUCAAAUAACUCUAUGUCAAAUAGUCAUAGGUUAAGUAUCUUCAAAGAACUUGGAUAUUUCAGAGGAUACAAAAUAAAAAAACAAACUGAAAACAUAAAGCUUAUAGAGAAAAAACCAGCACCUUCCUGUGCAGUCCUCUUGGAAUUUUCAUCAUUGAAUUUUGAGAAGCAUUCUGAAAAUUUUUCAUGGACAGAAAAUCGUUAUGAUGUGAGUCGUCGACGACACAACUCUUCAGAUGGCUUUGAUUCUGGUAUUGGACGUCCUAACGGAGGUAAUUUUGGGAGGAAAGAAAAAAAUGGAUGGCGUACGCAUGGCAGAAAUGGUACAGAAAACAUAAAUCAUCGAGGGGGAUACCAUGGUGGAAAUUCCCGUUCUCGUAGCAGUCUUUUCCAUUCUGGAAAGAGCCAAGGACUCCAUGAAAACAGCAUCCCUGACAGUGACACUGGGAGGAGAGAAGACAAGAGAGAACGCAGACAGUUUGAGGCUGAGGACUUUCCAUCUUUAAAUCCUGAAUACGAGAGAGAACCAAAUCAGAAUAAAUCUUUAGCUGCGGGUGUAUGGGGCCUACACGCCCAGACACACACAUACCCAACCAAAAAAAUCUCCCAAGCUCCUCUCUUAGAAUAUCCCCCGAAUCCUAAAUCUAGAGCUCCAAGAAUGCUGGUCAUUAAGAAAGGUAAUACAAAAGACUUACAGCUAUCUGGAUUCCCAGUAGCAGGAAACCUUCAGUCACAGCCAGUUAAGAAUGGAACUGGUCCGAGUGUUUAUAAAGGCUUAGUCCCCAAACCUGCUGUUCCACCUACAAAACCUACACAAUGGAAAAGCCAAACUAAAGAAAACAAAGUUGGGACUUCUUUUCCUCAUGAAUCUACAUAUGGUGUUGGCAACUUUAAUACUUUCAAGUCAACCGCCAAGAGUAUUAGUCCAUCAACAAAUUCAGUGAAAGAGUGUAAUCGUUCAAAUUCUUCCUCACCUGUUGACAAACUUAAUCAGCAGCCUCGUUUAACUAAACUGACACGAAUGCGAAGUGAUAAGAAGAGUGAGUUUUUGAAAGCAUUGAAAAGGGACAGAGUAGAAGAGGAACAUGAAGAUGAGAGCCAUGCUGGCUCAGAGAAGGAUGACGACUCAUUUAAUUUGCAUAACAGCAAUAGUACUCACCAAGAAAGAGAUAUAAACAGAAACUUUGAUGAAAAUGAAAUUCCACAAGAGAACGGCAAUGCUUCGGUGAUUUCUCAACAGAUCAUUCGUUCUUCAACCUUUCCACAAACUGAUGUUCUUUCCAGUUCACUUGAGGCAGAACACAGAUUAUUAAAGGAGAUGGGCUGGCAGGAAGACAGUGAAAAUGAUGAAACAUGUGCUCCCUUAACUGAGGAUGAAAUGAGAGAAUUCCAAGUUAUUAGUGAACAGUUACAGAAGAAUGGGCUGAGGAAAAAUGGUAUUUUGAAAAAUGGCCUGAUCUGUGACUUCAAGUUUGGACCCUGGAAAAACAGCACUUUCAAACCCACACUUGAGAAUGACGACACAGAGACAAGUAGCAGUGACACGUCAGAUGACGAUGAUGUGUGAAGGAUUUCCUAACAGCUUUAGACAUUUUAGUGUGAUCCAUCUCUCAUGCCGUUUGGGGUGAAUUGUAAAAAUGAAGAACUAUAAUUUAUGUAGUGAACUACCCCAUUAGAAGAUGAUUUUUUUGGGGGACUUCAAUAUGAAGAAAACCAAGAAUGUUGUGUUGGGCUGUGUUGACCAUUAUUUCUUUGUAAAUGAAUGUUGUAGAAAUGAGGACUUUGGUUGAUCCAACAUUGACUCUCUUCAUCACUGCAGCAUUUCUCUCUGACUAGCAAUGUGACGAUGUAACAAAUGAGAUUUUCUCAUUUAAUAAUAAAAAAUUGUGUAAUGUUUUGCAAAGCUUCUGUCUUAAAAUGUUCAGGUCUUAAGGUCAAAGGCAGCUUACAGUUUUGCUUGCAGAGUCAUACCUUUUUCCAACAGUGGAAAUCUUCAACUCUACUUUGUGCAUCUCCUUGCCCCACUUCCCCCUAAAACAAAACAAAACAGCAAAAAGGAAAACAUAGCAUGUUGGCUAAAACUGGAGCAAAGUGCACUAAAACAUUAACUUCUUGAACUGAAGUCUUGUACUAAGUCACCUUUCAAAACAAAUUGCUCUGUAGCCCUUUGUAGCGCAGUGGAUGUGAGAGAGGAGACGUGCCAGGUGUUCUUCCAGGCGUUCUUCGAGCUUUAGGAGGUGCUUGUCAAGAGCUUUCUUUAUUUGGUGUAUUGUCAGAUCAGGAUUUUCAUAGCUGAUUGGAAGAGUUGUGGGAAAACCUAUUUUGAUAAAUUAUUACACAUGCAGAAAACCUGAUCACACUGACUGGAUCUGUCCACGACAUGGAAAAUAAACUGGAUUUUCAGAA